CAAUAUAAAAAGGCGGCGGAGAGCUGUCCAAGUCAGACGCGCUUCUACAGCGGCGCUGGGGCGAGCGCGCAGAGGGUCCUCGGUCCGGUCGGCGCCGCUGUCCCCGCGUGCGUCCGCAGACCGCUCCCAGCUGUCCCCCGCACGCCACCGCCGCGUGCGUCCGCAGACCUCUCCCACUGCCGGCCCUGCUGGCAGAAAACUUCUUUUUUUCUCUCCGUUAAAGAGCACUUAGGCUGAAGGCUCACUUCGAGAUCUGAAUAACCAGAAGCGCCUUGAGAGACCCGAAGCUAUUAUUAUUUUUCUUCGUCUUCUUUUGGGUUCAGUUGGCAGGGGAGGACUUUGAUUCCCCCCGCCACACACUUUUUUUUUUUUUUUUCCCAGAAUGGAUUAUUUCCCCAUGAUUUUCUCUCUGCUGUUUGUGGCUUUCCAAGGAGCUCCAGAAGCAGUCUUGGGCGCGGAGCUCAGCACAGGCUUGGACAGUGGAGGGGAGAAGUCUGCUGCCAGUGCACCCUGGCGGGCCCGCCGUUCCAAACGGUGCUCCUGCUCUUCCCUGAUGGAUAAAGAGUGCGUCUACUUCUGCCACCUCGACAUCAUCUGGGUCAACACCCCCGAGCACAUUGUUCCAUAUGGACUUGGAAGCCCUUCUAGGUCCAAGCGAUCCUUAAAGGAUUUAUUUGCCACAAAGGCAACAGACCACAGGAAGAGAUGCCAAUGUGCUAGCCAAAAAGACAAGAAGUGCUGGACUUUUUGCCAAGCGGGAAAAGAACUCAGGGACCAAGAAAGUAUGGAGAAGGGCUGGAAUGACCAUAAGAAAGGAAAAGACUGUUCUGAGUUUGGAGAAAAGUGUAUUCAUCAGCAGCUGGUGGCAGGAAGAAAAAUAAGAAGGUUGGACACCAUCAGCAACCGCAUCAAAACAGCUUUUCGUGUCGCAAAGCUGAAAGCGGAGCUCUACAGAGAGAAGCAAGUGACCCACAACCGAACACACUGAUGGCAGGUCCCCGGGGCCUGUGGCUGGCCCGCCCGCAAGCCUUCCCCUCCGUGGAGGGAACCCUGUGGCUGAUUCUGCACUCUCUCCCCACGGCUGGGAUCAGAGCAAAAGCAUCCUCCCUGCUUUGACCAUUUCUUGUUCCAGACUGGCAAUGGACCAGUGCCCUCGCUCUAAACAUUACAGUGAAGGUUAAGGAGUCCCCCAACCCAUCUUCAUUUGCUUCCAUCAGUGAUAACCGCUUUCAUCUCUCCUCGUUUGGGGUGACAGUGGACCACUCAGAAAGCAGAGAGACACACAGUGACUUGUGAAUUAGGGUGUCAUCCUCCAGAGGGAGGACAGGAGAUUCCAUACAUGGUGGAAUUCCUGAAGAGGGUCCGAAGGGAGUGUUUGUGUCUCACUCAGGCGCCUGGCACAUUUCAGGGAGAAACUCCAAAGUCCACGCAAAGAUUUUCUAAGGAAUGCGCAAAUUGAAAACACACUCGAAGGACACUCAAGUAAAAAAAAAAAAAAAAGAAAAAGACUUUUUUUUGCUUUUUAAAUUCACAAAAUGCAAAACUAAAAGAAACUGUUACUACUGUAAAUCGGGAUGGGUUUGAUGAAUCUGAGUCUACCUCACCUCUAUUGCACUCUGGUAGAAGUACUUUCCCACCGUUAAUUAUCAUCCCCCUCCCCUGCCUCCCAGCUCGGCCCCCUCCUGCCAUCCCCUCCCCCGGAACCCCCAUAGUCAAUCUUGGCCUCAUAGAUGUCUGGUCUACCAUGUCAGUAGUAGAUGUAACAUUUUCAUAGUAAUCUACUAACUCUGAUUCAUAAGAAAAAAGACCCUUGAAUCAGAAGGUUCCCUUACCUUGAUCCUUAGAAACAAAAUGGUUUAGGGUUGUUUCUGAAAGAUGUUGCAAAGUAAACAUUUGGUUAUGCUUUAAAGCAGUAAAAUUAUUUUCCUUUAUGUAACUGGCCAAUGGAAGAGGUUGGAUUAAAUUUUGAUGUACUUAUUUUUUUAUAGAUAUUUAUAUUCAAAACAAUUUAUUCCUUAUAUUUACCAUGUUAAAUAUACGUUUGGGCAGGCCAUAUUGGUCUAUGUAUUUUUUUAAAAAUGUAUUUCUGAAUGAAAUUGAGAAAAUGCUUUGUUUUGCCUGUCAAGGUAACGACUUUAGAAAAUAAAUAUUUUUCCCCUACUGUA